AUGGAUCGACGCCGACUAGCUUUAAUCUUUGGAAAUGAAGACUACAGUGGUACAGCAAAAUUAAAAAGUUGUGUUAAGGAUGCAGACGAUUUAGCAGUGGCAUUAACUAAUUUGGAUUUUCAAUGUACAAAAUAUCAUAAUUUGAAUAAACGUGCCAUGGAUAUUGCUAUCAGAGACUUUUGUGCCAUUAUUGCUGAUAAUGAUUGUAUUUUAAUAUAUUUUUCUGGACAUGGCAUGGAAGCUUGCCCAGCAUUUGGUAAAGCAUUAACGUCACAUGUUAACAUACCACAAGAAUCACAAUUUGCUUUGAUAUUUUCAUCUGAUCCUGGUACAGUAUCUUACGUUGGUGAUGAAAGUGGAAAUAGCUUCUUUACAUCAGCGCUAUUAAAUCAUUUGGCUACACCAAAGUUAGAGAUUGAUGGCAUGAUGAAGCUAGUUAGAAAAGAAAUGUUACAAACCUCACUGGGUCAACAACGACCGUGGAUCCAUUCAUGUUUAACAGAAGACUUUUAUUUCAAUCAAGGUUUGUAA